AUGUCUGACGAUAUCCCAAUCAGUGUGAGGAGACGACAUGCACCCAAUAAGCCAAGCGAUAAACCUUACCGACAGCAACAGUUAAAGUCAAUUCGAUUUCACCUUACAAUAACAAAAGUUUUACCGAUUGCUGUUUUGGGUGGCUUAAUACUAGUGGGAGCAGGAACCGCCUUGUUCUUCGUCUCAAAUAAUUCUUUGGAAACGUCUAUCGAUUACACAGAUUGUAUAACUGAAAACGGGACUAGUGCAAAGGAUAUUAUCAACUUUUCUUAUCCAGAUGGAGCUACAAAAUGCGUCUUUGAGAUAGAGUUAACGGACGAGUACAAAGGAGAUGUGAAGUUCUUUUAUGGCCUUACAGGAUUUUAUCAGAACUAUCGACUUUAUAUGUUAUCUCGUAAUGAUUAUCAGCUUCUUGGGGAUUUGAAUAGCACUGACGAAUGUGGUCCAUUGUCCUUUGAAUUAUCAGGAGACGGCACAAGUUUACCCAUUGUCCCAUGUGGAUUCAUAGCUAACUCAUUCUUCAAUGAUACAUUCAAGCUGUAUUAUCACCCAGCAGAUAACGAUACAGAAACUGUACGAGUUCCUUUCUCCACAAACGGAAUCAUUAGCAAUACGGAAAAGAAACGUAAAUUCAAGAACCCACCGUAUAACAGAUCUUAUACACUAUGCGAUGCCUUCGCUAAUACCGCAAAACCUCCAUGGUGGCAAAAACCUAUUUGUAUGUUAGGAGUGACCGAUGAUGAAGAAGAUACAUCAGGAGCUGGAGUUGGUUUAGAGAAUGUAGAUUUGAUGGUUUGGAUGAGAACAGCAGCACUACCAAGUUUCCGUAAAUACUAUAGGAACUUAGACAGAGAAUCUGACUACUUCCACAAUGGUUUGCAGAAAGGAAACUAUACAUUAGUCAUCAAUUAUAAUUACAACCCACAUACAUUCAAUGGUAAAAAGAUGUUUGUAAUUGCUCGUGAGUCAUGGAUGGGUCCUAGGAACCUCUUCCUCCCGAUAGUCUGCAUGGUGACCGGUAGUUUUAGCAUUUUAGCCUUCUUAGGAAUAUUUUUGUGCUUUACCAUUAGAAAGAAGUUCACAAAAGUAUAG